CUCCUCCAAGGCUCAGAGCUGCCGGUCGCAGGAAGAGAGGCUUCCACAGCUUGUCCGUCGUGAGUCGUCUCAUUUGCGCUCCCCAAUGCCUUCCUCCGGGAAGCUGGUGGCGGCUGUUCUGGCGCUCGGCCUCUUGCUAGUGCCGCCGGGUCACGCCUGGUACAAGCAAUCAGCCGGACCCAGCUACUACUCCGUGGGCCGGGCGUCGGGACUGCUGUCCGGCAUACGCCGCUCUCCGUAUGCCAGGCGCUCUGACCCGGUGCCGGACAGCGGAGACACUGGAAGCAGCGCCUUUCCCGAGCCUCGAACCAGCCUCCGGAGCCUCGUGGUGUGCGUGAAGGACAUCGCCCCGAAUCUGCAGAGCUGCGAACUGCUUCCAGAUGGGCUCGGGACUUUCCAGUGCAAGGCAGAUGUUUUCCUGUCUGUGGACUCGGCUGAUUGUCUCAGUACCUGACUGCUCCUGUCCCCAGGAGUCCCUGGGAUGGAAAUGGAGAGCCGAAACCUCGACGUCCCAACCCACCUCCUACCCCUUCU